AUGUUUUCUUCUCUUGGUUCUUUCUCUAUCAAUUCUUUUUAUCUCUUUUUCUUUCUUUUUCUUUCUCUCUUUAUUCAUUUUCUUUCUCUUUCUCUAUCAAUCCUUUGUUUCUUUUUUUUUUUUGUUCCCUCUUCUUUACUUCUUUUCUUUCUCUCUCGGUCCUUUCUGUCUAUUUUUCUUUCUUUUUAUUUCCUUCUCCUUUAUUCCUUUUCCUUCCAUUUCUCUAUCAAUCCUUUAUGUCUUUUUUUCUUUCUUUUUCUUUCUCUCUUUAUUCCUUUUUUUCUCUCUCUUUUUCUUUCUGUCUUUAUUCAAUUUCUUUCUCUCUAUCAAUCAUUUCUGUGUCUUUUUCUUCCUUUUUCUUUCCUUCUUCUUUAUUCCUUUUCUUUCUCUAUCAGUCCUUUAUGUGUUUCUUUUCUUUCUCUUUCUCCUUUUACUCCUUUUCUUUCUCUUUCUCUCCUUUCUCUUUCUUUUUAUUUCUCCCCCUUCACUUCUUUAUUCCAUUUCUUUCUCUUUCUCUAUCAAUCCAUUUUGUUUCUUUUUCGUUCCAACUUCUUUAUUGCUUUUCUUUCUCAAAAUGCAAGCGCCAUGAUUCUAUUCCUCUCAUCUGGCCUUCAGUUGCUGCGUUUAACGUCAUUAUUGGCCACAUUGACCUAA